GAGUUAAUGAUUAAAUUGGACAAAGUGAAAAUAAGAUUUUACCCUUGCAACAAGAAGAACGUGCAUUUACCUAAAACAUGGUUUUCUUGUCUCGUCAAGUUUAUGGAAGACUCAAUCGUCUUCGGAAGAUGACAGACGGAGUUCAUCAUCCAGACCGCACGAACAAAAAGAAUUUUAUAUUUCGAAUGACAUGGCAUUUUUAUGGGAGGAGAAGGAACUGUUAUUCUAUAGCUAUUCGUGCAGCUCAGAAGAUGUUACAGAGAGUUACAAGAACACGGAAACAACAUAAAAUAGACAUGAAAUUGCUUUGGAUUCAGCGUCUGACAGCAGCAUUACAAGAACAUGACAUGGAGUAUGUUCCGUUUAUGUCCGUCCUGGCAGAGUCAGAUAUUCAACUAAACAAGAAGGUUUUACAUGAUAUUUGUAUAUAUGAACCAAGAACAUUCCAGGGAUUGGUGGAAUAUGCUAAACAGCGACAUCAGGAAAUUGGAUUAUAUGAUGCCAUAGCACCUGUCCCCGAGGGAAUCAUGACGCGAUCUAUGUUUGAGAAAAUUGAACAUAACAAAGCUAGAAGGGAAAUAAAAAGACAGAAAUUAGGAAAAAAGAUGUUGAAAUGAGUAUUCUAAUUCUAAAGAAGUGGAAAAACAGGACACCAUAUUUAUAGUGAACCAUUGGUAUCACUGACAGACAGCAGGGAUCUUACUAUGUGGAUGUGAGUUUGUCGUACAGGUGGAGCUUCUCAGUACUUCAACUGAUCCCAAAAUGUUCUAGUGGUUCAGCUUGUUCCAUUUAGAAUGGCAUGUGUAUGACUGAAUGUGAGCGUUAUACAAAUGUGAACUUAAAUGCUGAAUGAAAGUGUUGGUGAACUUAUGUAAUGGUGUACAAGUGUGUAGACUGAAAAUGAUGUACAUGUAAUAUAUGAAUAUACCUGUGCUUGUUAUUGAUAAAAACAGUUUUUUAU